AUGGAGAGAAAAGAAGCUUUUGUUGUUAGCCAUAAGGAACCACAGCUCCUGGUACCUGCUAAACCUACACCCCAUGAAAUAAAGGAAUUAUCAGACAUAGAUGACCAAAAAAGUCUGAGGAUUCAUGUCUCUUUGAUCAUGUUCUAUAGGGCAAAUCCCCGGAUGAAAGCAAAGGAGCCUGUGGAAGCCAUUAGAGAUGCAUUAGCUGAAGCUCUUGUAUGGUACUACCCUCUUGCAGGUCGCCUUAUUCAUGGCCCUAAGGAUAAGUUGAUGGUGGAUUGCAGUGGUGAAGGGAUCUUGUUCGUGGAAGCAGAUUGUAAUUUCAGGUUGGAAGAUGUUGGCGAUGCCAUUAAGCCGCCAUGUUUGUACUCCAAGGAGCUCCUGUAUCAAGUGCCUGGCUCUGAUGGAAUACUCGGCUGCCCAUUGAUGUUAGUUCAGGUUACGAGGUUGAUUUGUGGAGGAUUUGUGGUGGCUAUACGUGCAAACCAUGUUCUAAGUGAUGGAUUAGGUUUAGCACAAUUUGUGAAGGCUGUGGAAGAGUUAGCUCAGGGUGCAUCUUCACCUUCAACUAAACCUAUCUGGAGAAGAGAAUUAUUGACUGCAAAACAUCUUCCACCUCCACUCCAAACAACCUACGACCACACAGAAGCAUAUGACAUUAUCAGCCACAAAUCAAUAACAGAUCCCUAUGACAACUUGGUUAGCCGUUCUUUCUUUUUUGGCCCCAAAGAGAUGAAAGCCAUCCGCCAAAAACUUCCACCGCAUUAUACUCAACCACACUCAAAGUUUGAUUUGAUUACAGCUUCCGUAUGGAUAUGUCGGACACGAGCCUUAGAGUUCGACGGCGACGAGACCGUCGCCGUCAUAUGCGCGGUUAAUGUACGUGACAAAGGUCCACCUGAGCUGCGCGACGGCUACUAUGGCAACGCGGUGGUGGUUUCCGCGGCGGUGGCAAAAGCUGGGAGGUUAUUAUUAUGUGAUAAUAGCCCGUUAGAGUAUGCCGUGAAGUUGAUAGAGAAGGCGAAGAGUAGAGUGAGUGAAGAUUACGUUAGGUCGGUGGUUAAGUUUUUGGAUUCGAAUGGAAGGCCGCCAUUGUUGAGGUCACGUAGCAGUAUUGUUGUUACUGAUUUGGCAAGAUUAGGGUUUCAUCAAAUAGAUUUUGGAUGGGGGAAACCAGUGUAUGGAGGGACCAUGGAUGGAGGAGCAUCAGCCACCGCUAUUACUCAUGCUCGCUACCGGAAUAGCGACGGUCAGGACGACGUGCUUGUGCCGGUUUUCUUGCCGGCGGCGGCCAUGAAGAGGUUUGAAGAGGAGAUGAACAAGUUCACAGCUCUUGAGCCUCGUCAAGCAAGAAAACAAGCUUUUGUUGUUAACCAUAAGGAACCACAGCUCCUUGUACCCGCUAAACCUACACCCCAUGAAAUAAAGGAAUUAUCAGACAUAGAUGACCAAAAAGGUCUGAGGAUUCAUAUUUCUAUGAUCAUGUUCUAUAGGGCAAAUCCCCUCAUGAAAGCAAGGGACCCUGUGGAAACCAUUAGAGAUGCAUUAGCUGAAGCUCUUGUAUGGUACUACCCUCUUGCAGGUCGCCUUAUUCAUGGCCCUAAUGAGGAUAAGUUGAUGGUGGAUUGCAGUGGUGAAGGGAUCUUGUUCGUGGAAGCAGAUAGUAAUUUCAGCUUGGAAGAUUUUGGUGAUGCCAUUAGACCGCCAUGUUUGUACUCCAAGGAGCUCCUGUAUCAAGUGCCUGGCUCUGAUGGAAUACUCGGUUACCCAUUGAUGUUAGUUCAGGUUACGAGGUUGAUGUGUGGAGGAUUUGUGGUGGCUAUACGUGCAAACCAUGUUCUAACUAAUGGAUUAGGUUUAGCACAAUUUGUGAAGGCUGUGGAAGAGUUAGCUCAGGGUGCAUCUUCACCUUCAACUAAACCUAUCUGGAGAAGAGAAUUAUUGACUGCAAAACAUCUUCCACCUCCACUCCAAACAACCUACGACCACACAGAAGCAUAUGACAUUAUCAGCCACAAAUCAAUAACAGAUCCCUAUGACAACUUGGUUAGCCGUUCUUUCUUUUUUGGCCCCAAAGAGUUGAAAGCCAUCCGCCAAAAACUUCCACCGCCGCCGCCGCAGACUCAACGACGACCAACCUCAAAGUUUGAUUUGAUUACAGCUUGCAUAUGGAUAUGUCGGACACGAGCCUUAGAGUUCGACGGCGACGAGACCGUCGCCGUCAUAUGCCCGAUUAAUGUACGUGACAAAGGUCCACCUGAGCUGCGCGACGGCUACUACGGCAACGCGGUGGUGGUUUCCGCGGCGGUGGCAAAAGCUGGGAAGUUAUUAUUAUGUGAUAAUAGCCCGUUAGAGUAUGCGGUGGAGUUGAUAGAGAAAGCGAAGAGUAGAGUGAGUGGAGAUUAUAUCAGGUCGGAGGUUAACUUUUUGGAUUCGAAUGGAAAGCCGCCAUUGUUGAGGACACGUAACAGUAUUGUCGUUACUGAUUUGACAAGAUUAGGGUUUCAUCGAAUAGAUUUUGGAUGGGGGAAACCAGUGUAUGGAGGGACCAUGGAUGGAGGAGCAUCAGCCACCGCUAUUACUCAUGCUCGCUACCGGAAUAGCGACGGUCAGGACGGCGUGCUUGUGCCGGUUUUCUUGCCGGCGGUGGCCAUGAAGAGGUUUGAAGAGGAGAUGAACAAGUUCACAGCUCUUGAGCCUCCUGAAAUUUUAAACAUACCAUCCAAAUCAUUUCGUAAAUCUGCUCUAUAAAUUAGCUUGAA